CGUCCGCGCGCUUCCAGAGCGCUUCCUAGGCAGGCAGCUCGCUCGGGUUGGAGACGCGGCCGCAGUUAAUUCGUCGGCGGGCUCUGCAUAUCAAUGAGGCGCCGGAGCGUGUGUUUAUAGAAGCUCGGAGCGCUCGAGAGCGACUCGUCAGAUUGAGAAGAGCGUGACGUGUCGCGGAGCGCGCUCAACCUGCUCGUGACUGACAUCGGCUCGCGCUGUUUGAGCAUCUCUGUUGUUGGAUUUGAGUGGCGCAAACAAACCGGAGGCUGUCGGAGCUUCUGUGCAAACUAUUGGGGAUGAAUCGCUGCACGGCCGCUUUACUUUUGCUGGUCAUCGCCGUUUAUUCGCUCAACACAGAGGCAUACAAGUGCAGAUGCACAAGAAAAGGUCCGAAGAUCCGGUACAAAGAUGUACAAAAGCUGGAGAUCAAGCCUAAACAUCCCUACUGCCAAGAAAAGAUGAUAUUCGUCACUAUGGAGAAUGUGUCCCGUUUCAAAGGUCAGGAGUACUGCCUGCAUCCCAGACUCCAGAGCACUAAGAACCUUGUCAAGAUCUGGAAGGACAAACACAGGGUGUACGUGGCCUAAACCCUCUCCGUUAGGCACGAAGCUGAAAACACUGCGGGAUGCACAGCGCCUCCAGCGAACUGUGGAAGACCAGAGGACCGAUUUUUUUUUUUUUGUAAAGCAUGACAAAGCAUAUACCCAGACGAGCUUAUCAAGCACACCAGUUAUAUUAAUGUGGAAUAAUUUAUAGUCGUACGAGAAUGUUUCUUAUACAGUGUAAUCGUGAGCCGAGCGCGCGGAGCCACGGCGGAGAACAGUCCCUGUGAAUCAGCAACCAUCUGUGAGAAGUGACCAUUACAUUUUCCGCGACGUUUCCCCGAAGCAUCAGUUCUCGGUCUGAUUUGUUGUGUCGUGGCGUAUAAAGGGGUCCUGGCGCUCGUAUUUGGACGCGGCCCGGUGCGAAACUACUGUGAUAAACUAAGAUCUUAGAGAAAAAGAACGGAAAUAUCGAAGACGCGCACAGAGACUUUGCGUUCCACGCCAACGUUCAGCCGGUUAAAAGGAGGCAGAGCGUUAUUCCUCGAAAUCAUUUACAAAGUAACGUAUCUCCCCGUAAGUGCCGGAGGACUUUUUUGGCUUCUUUUUCGUAACUUAUUCGCUUGGCGAAAGAGUCGAAGCUGCGUCCGAUAACACCCGCCGCUUGAAUCUCUAUUUACUCGUACGCUUCGGGCGGGAAAAGCGCGCGGACUUCGGGGUGGCGUGUUUAAAACGAAGCUUUUUAUUUAACAUGGGCCCUCCUUUCAGCACACUCUGAGCUGCACGCGCCCCGUCUUCGAGGCGUGCAGGUUUUGUAAGCUGUUUUGUUCGGCGUGACCGUGUUUUUCUUUUUGGUGAAUCGUUUCUCGUCUCCUCUUGUACAUCGGAUCGUACGCGUAAAGCACACGGAUGUGUAUAGACCACCUAGCCUAGCUUGUUCAGACGUUAUUAGCGAAGCCUAUGUAUCGUAUCGCAGAAUUGUUGUUUUACUAUUUAAAUAAUAAAUCAUAGAAACGUUUGCGCGUUUGGACUGACCCACCAGACGCAAGGAGUGUAAUCUUCGAACACAGCAAUAAACAUUUAAAUAAA